AUGGCAGAAAUCCGGCAACGGGCUGGCAAAAAGUUUGAUGCUAAAACCGAAGAAGAACUUUUUCCCCAGACCAACUCGGAAGAUAAAACGAAGGAUGAGUCGCCAUCACAACCUGAAGAAGACGACUUUUCUAAUUUGAUGUUAAUAGUCGUUACAGGCCUUGGCCUCAUAACAAGAUUUUGGCAUAUAAGUAAUCCAAGCGAAGUUGUCUUUGACGAAGUCCAUUUUGGCAAAUUUGCAAGUUUCUACCUGAAACGCACGUAUUUCUUCGACGUUCAUCCUCCUUUAGCCAAACUCAUGCUAGCGGCAAUGGGUUGGUUUCUUGGUUAUGAUGGACACUUUGAGUUCGAUAACAUUGGCGAUGAUUACAUAAAAAAUAACGUUCCGUACGUUGGAUUAAGAUUGUUACCUGCUACCCUUGGAGGUUUGCUGGUGCCAUUGACUUAUUUGAUCUUGAUUGAAUCGGGAUACCCCGUUAUCACUGCUUGUUUCGCGGCAGGGCUUGUAUUGUUUGAUAAUGCGUUGAUUACCCAAACGAGAUUGAUUUUACUCGAUGCAAUGCUUGUGUUCUUUAUGACGUGUACUUUGUACUCUUAUAUCAAGUUUUACAAGUUUCGACUAAGUCCAUUCUCUACAGAUUGGUGGUUAUGGUUGACAAUCACCGGAGUUUUACUUGGUUUGACGAUGAGCGUGAAGAUGGUCGGACUGCUCACUGUUGCUACGAUUGGUUUUGCUGUUUUGUCUGAUCUGUGGGAGCUAUUGGACAUUAGACGUGGUCUAAGUAUGCAACAAUUUAGAAGUCACUUCUUUGCUCGUGCGGUUUGUCUAAUCGUAAUCCCGAUCGCCAUCUAUCUAUUCUGGUUUUAUGUGCAUUUUGCCAUUCUUAACGGCAGUGGUCCUGGAGAUGCAUUUAUGAGUCCCGAGUUCCAACUUACUUUGAAGGGAAACUCGUUGAGUUAUGAAAGUCAUGAAAUCAGAUUUGGCGACACGAUCUCUCUGAAACAUAAGGAUACUUCGGUGUUUCUACAUUCGCAUCCUCAAAAAUAUCCUUUACGAUACGACGACGGGAGGAUAAGCAGUCAAGGCCAGCAAGUAACAGGGUAUCCACACAGAGAUAGCAAUAAUCACUGGAUCGUGAAGCCAGCUACUCCCUUCCUUGAUUCAGCCGAUCGACCAUUGAAUGAUACUAUCAAGCAUGGCGACCACAUCCGUUUGGAACACGUAAACACUCACUCUCAUCUCCUAACGCACGAUGUUGCGUCACCACUGAUGCCCACUAAUCAAGAAUUUACUACGAUAUCUGUUGAAGACGAUUCCCGAUAUAACGAGACAGUAUUCCAAGUAUUGAUUGAAAAAGGAGAGUCAAAUACUGUAUGGAAGAGUAAAGCUAGUUAUACAAGACUGCUACAUUAUAGCACAAAGGUUGCACUAUGGACGCAUAAGGAGGCUUUGCCGCAAUGGGCGUUUAAACAACAAGAAGUUAAUGGAAACAAGAAUAAUGUUGAAAAGAGUAAUCUUUGGUACGUCGACGAAAUUGUCGGGAAGAAUGUGACUGAAGUCGAAAAGCCCAAGAAACCUCCAAAGGAAAUGCCUUUUAUUUAUAAAUUUUUCGAACUCCAACGGCUUAUGAUUGCCCACAACUCUGGACUUACUAAAUCCCACCCAUACGCAAGCUCUCCAAUAAACUGGCCAUUUUUAGUUCGUGGAAUAUCGUUCUGGACAAAAAAUGAUAGUAGAUCACAGAUUUAUCUACUUGGAAAUCCACUCACUUGGUGGCUGAGCAUAGGAUCGAUUUCAGUAUUUGUUGGUAUUUUUGGAGCAGAAGUUAUUUCGCGACGAAGAGGAAUGACGCCGCUACAUCCACCUGUCAGAAAUAGAUUCUACAACUCUGCGGGAUUCUUCGUGAUGGCAUGGCUGCUCCAUUACGGCCCGUUCUUCCUAAUGGGGCGAGCACUCUUUCUCCAUCACUAUCUCCCUGCGCUACUAUGUUCUUAUCUGGUAGCGGCUGUCAUGUUUAAUUUCAUGUUUGUUAAUUCGCUUAAUUAUCCCGUUUCAUACCCCCCUCUGACAAAGAAACCAGUUCGUCAGGUUCUGCACGCAGAUGUUCCAUGGACAUCCUAUCUAGUUGUAGGUUUGUUACUUGGAGGCAUAGCAGUGAUAUUCUGGUUUUUCGCUCCGAUAACAUACGGAACGCCAGGUCUAAGUAUAGAAGAAGUAAAACGCAUGAUGUGGCUGGAUACUUGGGAUUUACAUUUUGCAGUUAAGUAA